GUUCAGCUCCUGUGUUGUUGGAUUGUGUAUCCGUAAAAAAUGGCUUCCCCUGUCGCUAUGCUUACGUGUGCCCUGCUGGUUGGCGUUAUACUGGCGGACGAAACCACCAAGAAGUACAGCGACAAACUGCUGCUUAUCUCUAUGGAUGGUUUCAGGUGGGACUACAUGGACAUGGUCCCUACCCCCAACCUUGAUCGCUUUGCCAGGGAGGGUGUUCGAGCACCCAGGGGACUGAUCAACUCGAUGGUGACCAAGACAUUUCCCUGCCAUUACACCAUGGCUACCGGUUUGUAUGAGGAGUCCCACGGUAUCAUCAGUAACCACAUGUAUGAUCCGGUAUUUAACGAAUCUUUCUCCUUCGGCACGACGGACUCAAAGUGGUGGGAUGGAGGGGAGCCGAUCUGGAUUACGGCCAAGCUUCAGGGUCUGAAGAGCGCUUCCUACUUCUGGCCGGGCAGCGAGGCCAAGUUGAAAGGCGUUCGCCCCGAUAUCUGGAUGCCUUAUUUGGAGAAGACGCCAUUUGAUGUGCGCACCGAGGCUGUGGUGGACUGGUUUAAAGCUCUAGACAUUAACUUUUCCACUCUGUAUUUUCAUGAGCCGGAUCACACGGGCCACACGUACGGGCCAAACUCUCCAGAGAUACGGCAGAAAAUCAUGGAAAUGGACCUUGUGGCAGGACACAUCUACGACCAGCUGUCCCAGGCUGGUCUCCUGAACGAAGUCAAUGUGAUUCUGACCAGCGACCAUGGGAUGGCCGAGAUCAACACGGAAACUAUGGUCAUCGACCUCUUAGAUUACGUACCCGCUGAUUGGUUCUACCUCGUGGAUUCUGGUCCAAUCGCUAAUAUUCGGCCGUCUCCGGGAAGAGCUCAAGACCUCUACAAUCGUCUGAGACACGCCCACCCAAACAUGACAGUGUACCUAAAGGAAGAUAUCCCUGAGUUUUAUCACUACAAGAACAACCGCCGGGUGAUGGACGUUUUCGCCGUGGCAGAUGAGGGCUGGACCAUUACUAGAAAUCAAUCAAAUCUGCGCGAGGAACAUGGUAACCAUGGGUACGAUAACAGGUAUCAAUCUAUGCAUCCGUUUUUCCUAGCCAGGGGACCGAAUUUCAAACGCCAUUACCAGGUGACGCCGUUUGAAACAGUAAAUUUGUACCCUCUGAUGUGCGAGUUACUCGGACUUCAACCUGCUCCAACCAAUGGUAGUUUCCAUAACGUGAAGGACAUGGUCAUUCCAUUCACCGAGGGACCGCUGGUUGGCUGACGCGAAAAAUGGUACAUAAACAACAACCGUUAGUUGGAUUAUAACAAAGCUCGGAAAUUAUUUUUAUUCCUUCAUGUAGGUUUACACCCACUUACUUUAUGGUACAUUUAACUUGUCAUUUCCCCCCAAAACAGUGUUGGAUUCACACAGCCUCAUCCCAAAAACCCAAGGCGUAAAAUUACUUUUAUUUCGGAAGAUGUAAAAGUCACACAUUAAGAAACAGGAAGGCAAGUUUUAUAUUCGAAAUU